AUGAUAUUGUUAUCAUCCUACGGGCAAUCUGCGAUACCCAAUAGGCAGUUGGAAGAAACUAAUAAUUAUGACGAACAGAGUAAACAACAUGUACUCGACAAUGUUUUGGGGUCAAUACGCAAUUACGCAGGCAGGCAUAAACACAGACAACCAGAGGUCGGCGUGUUCGACACGACUACACAUGUCGCCAAUCAUACGACCGUAUGCCCCGCGAUGUCACCAAUCAACUACAUUGGCCAUGGAAUUACAAUGGAACCGUUGCAAUCAGUUCCAAUUAUUGGACUUUCGAUAACAGAGGAUGUUCAACGCUUUGUACUCAAAUACGAACAAUUACGUUUGCGGAUAAAAUCUCUAAAUUCAUUUGGUCACUUGUUUAUUUCCAUGUCAAAGGAAGAGGUUAGACACACACGUGUAAUAAUUGCUGGCAAUUCAACUGGGAAUAUCAUCGUUGAUGUACCAGGCUCAAAUAUUUCACAAUUAUUGAGUUUAAUUUCUACAAUUUCCUACACAAAUUUUAUAUACGAUACCAAUGAGCAAGACGUACUUGAAGUAAAUUUUUUACAUUACUAUAUUUAUAUAAAUUUACAUAUUAGGAGACCAUCGCUGCCAAAUCUAUUUAACACUGGUGGACACAAUGACCUGAGUCGGAGUGUCUCUGUCAUGACAACAACCCUUGGACGGUAUGGAUCGGUGAACAGAAUGAUUGAUAGCGUGCAUUUCUUUUAUCCUAACUUGGCUAUCAUCGUUGCAGAUGGUUCGAAAUCUAUUGAAAAAAUAAACAAACUUCGGACAAAACAAUUCACAAAGCCUUCAUAUGGAGGUUUUUUCGCAGGCAGAAACUUGGCACUGAGCCAAGUACGAACCAAAUAUGUCUUGCACGUUACUGAUGAUAUGUAUUUCACACAUGCUACCAAACUGGAAGUUUUGCUUGUUGAAAUGGAAAAUUCAACUUAUGAUAUAGUUGGUGCUGGCGUUUGGGAAAACAACAACAACACUGACUGUACAAAUCACAUCUCUGUACACAAAAGCGUGGAGCAGCUAUCAGGAUCUUGCCGUAUGACAGAAUCGAUCCCCAUUUUUUUCCUAGCCAAAACCGCUGUUCUCCGAGAAAUUAUGAUUUUUAAACGAGCCAUGUCUGAUGAAGAACUAUUUGAGAAUGUGUUACCUGGUAUGAACUUAUUUUGCGAGAAUGUCUGGAUAUACAGGGAGAAGUUGUAA